CUUACAACUACCGCCGCGACGUCUCUCGUCGCCCCCGACGCCCUCAGCUCCUCUGUCUGCACUUGACCACCUCUAUCUACCACCUCUAUCUGAAUUCCCAAGUCCCAUCGCCAUCGCUCUCCUGGAGCCCGUGCUGAUCUAGGCAACGAGCUCUCCGCCCGGAUCGUCCAUAGUCUUCGACUAGGACAUCCGAACCGCCCAUCAAGUCUUCACAAUGUAUUUCAUGCCCACAAACAGAUACCCCAAACAGUCGCUUUCCGUAACCGCCUCCGCCUUCGCCUCAGUCCCCGCCUCCGUCUCCGUCCCUAUCUCUUCGCUUGCUUCUCAGUCUGCUUCAACUAUCUUUAUCAACCAGUACAACUUCACCGCUUCUCAUGCUACUUCUACCUUGUGAAUCAUAAUCGCCUAAUCCUGGUCUCUGCUCCCCACUCCGUCACCUGUGGCCCUUACGACAAUGUCUAUCCAUGCUGUUACCCACUCCUUUCCCCAUCGCGGUCCUGGUGCAUCACGCACCAGGACCCGCUGGCAACCUUAUGCUUCCAAUCUCGCGCUAUCAGGCAUCUCAAGGUCCCCCUCAGUCUACCUCCACACUCCUGCCUCGUCCGUUUCAUCAGCCUCACCCCAAUCUAUCCACCUCCCACCAAUCAGCGACACAGAACGCCUCAAGGCCUGUCUCCAACCGCCACCACUCGCUAGUGCUUUGCGGGAGAACCUCAGGGCAAAAUAUGCCGCAAAACUCGUCGGUGAGUGGCACUAUCCCUAUCUUCUCUGUAUCGUUUGGCUGCUCGAGGCGCUUGCCCCCUCUGCCUUCAUCGGAUGUCGUCUCUAUUCUAUCUAUUGUCGUUUCAGUCGACUCAAGUGUCUUUGUGUGCACCAGAUCAAGCAGUCAAAACGUUGACCGAGACUUGGCAUCCCGACGAUAUCCCUACCGUUUUCACCGCCAGUGGCCGCGAGGCUCUCUGCGCUCAGCCCGAACCGUCCAACUCACACGCGGGAUGCUCUGCAUCCCCUCCGUUGAUCUCGACCGGCUUCUCGGCGCUGUUCGCUGGCGACAAUGCCCAACUUCCCUCGCCCGUCACCCCGACAAGCCACCAGACGCCCCUUCCGACAGGAGACAGGUGCGAGUCAUACUCGCAAGCGCCCGAAGGCUCCGUCGGCAGCAAUCUAAUCCCCAUAAAGGGAUUCGUUCACGAGGUGCUCCGCCGGUCCCGAACCUCCACCGGAGUGCUCCAGACGGCCCUUUGCUACCUCGAAGCUGUCCGAUCCAAGGUCCCGGAACUGCUCCGAAAGGAGAAGACCCGGCCGACCUCGGAAUCCGCGACCUUCGAGGAGCCACCCGAGCCGCGAAUUGUGCAAGGUGUCUUCGAGGACGAGGUGUUCACUUCGGCACCCUCCGGCACUCCCGACAACACCGCCGGACCAACGCUCGAAACGAUCCGAAUUGGCGACACCGUUCUAGUGGGCGACAUCGGCACCGACGGUCCCCUUCGACACUCCGGGUCGGCCGGCCGCGGCCAAGACGAAUCCGCUCUCCCUCCUCUCCCACCCCUGCCUUCUCCCCUCUGCUGUCCUCGCCGCACUUUCCUCGCGUGCCUCAUCCUGGCCUCGAAGUUCAUGCAAGAUCGAUCCUACUCCAAUAGGGCCUGGGCUAAGCUAGCCGGUCUUCCUCCGAGAGAGAUCGGCCGGUGUGAGCGCGCGCUCGGGGAGGCGUUGGAGUGGCGCCUUUGGGUAGGCAAGCUUCCUGCGUCGUCUGCGGCGACGUCCGGAGCGAACGUAGGUAGGACGGUCUCACGCACGAGGAGCGAAGGCGACGUUCUCUACGGGUCGCGUACUUGUACGCCUUCGUCUACUGCGGCGUGGGCGACUACGUCUGCUGCGCCUGUAGCGUCCUCGUCAGCCCAUAUCUUCCUCAGUAUCCCUCCUCCGAUUCCAGCUCCAAGGAUCGGAAUGCGUGGCUUGUCGCGCAGUGCAACUGUCCCUGCAAUUGGAGCCGACCGCAGCUCUACCUUGGUGGACCCCUUCUUCGUUCCGACUUCCGACCCCACGGGUUACUGCUACGAGGCAAGAGAGGCGCCCAGAUCGGGUUACGACACUUCGUCCCAAAUGGACGUGGAGCCGCAAUAUGAGAUCUCGCCGUCGCUCUCUACGCCGACCCUCUCCUACUCGCCUAUGUCCUCCGCAUCUUCAUCAUCCGAUGGCUCCGAGGAUAGGACCAUCCAAAUGUCGAUGUUCCUGGAUCUACCGACGCCGGCGAUGUCUACCGGGAACAAUCUUGGGCCUUGGGUCGCCAACAUCUCCAGCUACACUCCAUCAGAUCCGGCUAAUCCAUGCGGUUCAUUCAGUUCGAUUCCAGCAUAUUCUUACGUCAACCCUGCAAAUCCUACGUACGCGGCCGACAUGGACGUUACGGAGGCUGCUGCGAGGUCGACGCUUCCUACGUUCGACUUGAGUGGAGUGAAGCAAGUUCCUAAUGCGUUGCCGUCGUUUGCGGAGAUGUUUUCUAAUCCUGGCGCUUUCGAUAAUGGGACUCAAUAGCGGUGCUCCUGUCUCCCUAGUCCCCUGUGGGGAAAGGGGGGAGAGGAACUCGACUUUAUCUUAUUGGUACGGAUCGUAUCGGUGCUCUCGCCUUUCCUGCCUGGACGUUCUUACUUCUGUGUCAUCGCAUAUUCUUUCUGCAACAUACUGUCGUCCACUGCCUUGCAUCGAUUCUUCUUUCGGUGGUUUGGCGUGGAUAGCCCAUUGUCGUUUUUGGCCCGUGAUACUCUCCCUGAUUCUCAUAUGUCUACGUUUGUCUCUACGUGUCCCGGUAUCUGUAGUAUUCCCUCCCGUCCGAAUCUCUUUGCUGACAUUGUACUCACAUCUCCUGUACAUAGAUAUGUCUUCCUUCCUCUAUGCACCAUACCACGGCGUAUGCGCACUCACAUUAUCCCUAGGACUCAUCGUUCGGGCCCUCGCGAUGGGCUCCUACGGCGGCUCCCGCGCUCGCGCGGUCUGAGCUGCCGUGUUGGGUUUAUGGAUGUGGGAGUGCGGGAUUGACAGCUCCGAGGCCGUACAUCCGUGGACCGUGGAUCCGUGGCGCGUUCCGGGCCUGGGCAGGACAGACACCUCGGCGGACCUUCGCGUCGCGUUCGAAGUCUCCUCCCGUGGCUUCCGGCGCACGCGGCUCCCGGUCGCGCUGCCGCCGCCCCUUCUCGGCGACGAGGACGAGGGGCGGGGCGCGUCGCACGGCGGACCUUGGCGUUCGGCAGCAGACAUGCAGACAUGCGUGCGUGGCAAGUACUCGACGAAUGCGCUGGUCGCAACUCCAGGCAUGAGGGUACCCGCCGAUACUGCGCGCGGCAGGGUAUUCAGGGAGACCAUGUUCGACGUUCAACGUCGGACCCUCGACGCUCAGCUGCUGCGGCCUGUUCGAAGUAGCCAGGAACGCAACGCUAUGCGGCCGUGGACCCUGGGCCCGUGCGCGCCGUGCCGCGAAGCUCUCCUGUCAUCGCCGUUCGCGGUGUUUCAGGUCACCAGACCGUCAGCAGCAUAAGAUACAUACAGCACCCCCGAACCGUAUCGGACGUCCGCCUUCACGGGAGCCCGAGCUGGCCGUCCGUCCGUGUCUUGACAGCUGCAGGGGCUGCGAACCGCAAAGUGCGAAGUCUAGUCUGGACGGUUCGCCGGAUCCGGGCCCUGUCGGUCUACCGCGUGCAUAAGCUUCGCAUUCGCAGUUCGCGACGUCUCGGCCGCGCAGGACGCCGUGUGGGCGGAGAAGAUCUGUCGAGCCGAGUCGGCCGGUAUGGGUCCCAGCCGCGGAUUGGGCAAUGGCGAAUGGACCAUCAAGACGUCUCCGUUGUUGUUGCAUGCAUCUCGCUGAUAUCUUGUCAGCGCAAUCGCGACUUUGGAUGCGCCCAGCAAUGCAAUCCGGGAUUACACAGUACCGAGCCUUGUCAUCUUCGGUGACCUAUAUGAUGGAACUGGCUUCGUUUCGGCAGAAUCUCACCGUCCUGUUACUGACUCCUCUGCAUCGUAGCUCGAAGUAUCCGUCUGCAUCUCGGGGCGACUCCUGUUCAUUCAUCCCCACUCAAAGCUGUUGACGUAACCAGACACGCGAACGCUUGGUCUUGUACACAGCGCGCGCGGAUGACAGGUCCAAGGGAGGAUGCCCCGGAAUGUAUUCGCCCCACACGUUUCAUCUUCGAUUACUCGUCUUCUCGGCAUCCCCUGGUACAAAGCCGACCCUCCGAUACAUACCAAGUGCAUACGGGCUCACUUGGGCCAUACAUGAAAAACUUGCCAUUCCUCCGCACUCUGAGCAGGUAGCUCGAUGAUCAACUCUUGGUGGACGACGUUCUCUCGCGGUCCAAGCAGUCUUGGCUCGUGGAGUCUGGAUACAAAGCUAUCUUUGCAAGACCAAAAUCGACACCAAGUCAUCUUCGCAAGACCGGCGGUCCCGUGUCGCAUCGCUACUCAGGAAUUCACACAGCACGAAGGUCUCUACCAUCAGAGAUACAAUGUUCAACCCGCCAAACAAAGCAUGAAGGCGUCGUAACGCUACGUCGGGGCAAUGGGCGACGUUCUUCGUUGCCUCCGUAUCACGAACCUUUCUUUUACCCAAUCUGACGACGCAUAUCGGUAUUGAGCGACGUUUGUUUGCAUCGCGAGCACCUGCAAUGUCAAUACAUACGAUUCUAUGCGAUCCGCUCGAAAGCCGAAUUGUCGGGCACAAGCAGGGAAAGGUCGAUACCCAACCAAUGACCACCAUUCAUACACUCUGCAGACUGCCUUCCCGAGUGCCAUCGCGUCUGCAUGGAGUGCUCGUGGAGGGUUCAGGACUGUGUUCCCUUGACCUUGGCCCUACGCUAGGCUGCAGAACCAAUAGCCCCGUUUGCCAGGCGGAUUGUGACGAAGUGCCGGCAGCGCUCUCGAUCUCUUGGAGGUGUACGAGGAACUUGGAGAUUAGGAUUGCUGUUAUGCUGACGUAGGAUCUUCUCAGGUCAAAGCAUUCUGAAUUGGGCGGGGCACAUACGGAGUGGUGAAGAUCGGGAUACCGCUCGUGGGGUAUCUAGGGGACUGCCCCAAAAUCUACAGUCCGGAUCGUAGGCAUGAGCCUACAAAUGACUCUCCUCGAUUCGAUUCUUGUGCACUCACAGAGUACAGACUGAAUAUAAGAUGGACGGCGUUGAAAGGGACAAGAAC